UUGCUUUACAUUUUGUGUGGUGAUCAGGCUUCUUGAAUUUGAACUGUUCACUUUCUUGGGCCAAACUGACAUCAUUAUCGAUAUUCCAUAUAGGCAUGCAAUAAAUUUUCAAGAAAGUAGACACUUUCCGGUAGAUAAACAUUUGCUGCAUUCAAUUAAAAUAUGGCUGGUGUAACACUGACAUGCCGGUAAUUCUGUGUAUAUAUUUACCAUUUCUCACACAAGGUUGUCUUUGUGUUGUGUGUGUGUUUCAACCAUGAACAAGAAAGCAAGUAAGAAGAUGAGGGGAUUCAUGUGUCAGUCACUUGAGUUAACAACAUCUUGCAUGACACCCGAUUGCCGGUCCGUGAUUUUAUCACGUAGGUCAACUGACCGGAAUUUGGUAGAACGUGCAAGGUUGUUGAGUAACACCAAAUACAUUCGGCUUGCAGAGCGUCGUGGCUUUGUUGUUCCAGCGAGUAGGAGACCAUCGUCGGGCAGUGACAGCAUCAUUUCAUCUUCUGUGGGACGGGAUCGUCAUGAUUGUGUGAAGUUGGACCAAAAUGCCCUCCCCUCAUCGUCUGCCAACCAAGUCUUUCAGGUUGUGGUGAUGAGGGUCUCCAUCCACUGUCAAGGGUGUGCUGGUAAGGUCAAGAAACAUUUAUCCAAAAUGGAAGGAGUGACGUCGUAUAGCGUAGAUCUCGAAAGCAAGAGGGUAACAGUGAUGGGACACGUGUCACCAGUGGCUGUGUUGGAAAGUAUAUCGAAGGUGAAAAAGGCUGAAUUCUGGCCUCCUUUGUAACAAAAAGAAUUAACUGUUGUGCUGUUUCUUUCUCAUGACAUUCAAUUUGGAUCACAGUAUUUUAUUUUAUCAAUUCUAUUUUUAAA